AGCACACCUGUCACUCACAAUCAGGCUGGCUCGCAUUCAAAAAUUCAAGUCCAUCACUCCAUCGUCAGAUCAUUUUGAUCCUCUUGCCGUCUUCUUUCGAAUGGCCGGCAUUUCUAGGGGAGAUAGUGGCACAGGUUUGCCGUGUUUUAUCCAUGAUUUACCCGAGGAAUCUGUGGUGCAUAUCUUCUCCUUCCUGGAUAUCAUUGAUCGCACCAAUUUGAAGGCAGUGUGCAAACGAUGGGCCGACAUCAGCGGGGAUCCGCGUCUGCAGAAAAUCGUCAUACUCGAUCUGACCAAAUGGGAGACCCACCAUCCGCGGGCAUUGCUGCCACGUACACCUCGCCUCGACGCCAGAUCGCAGCGGGACACCGACAAUGUGGAGAAGGAAUGGCGCCGUCGACUGCUGCAGCGUUUCUGGACCCCGCGGACCCGCCACGUCAUCUUCCGCCGCCCGCCCGGGACGGCGGCUCCGUCCGAAUCGUGGGGGAAGGUGUCCAUUCGGGGCGAAGUGGCGGAGUUGGCCGUGUACUGGCGUUACUAUUGGAGCGAUAUUCACGUCGCCCUCAAGAACAUUGCGGGCCUGCUGCGUACCGUUCCCGCGGGGGGUGAGCAUGAGGCCAGACAGUGUAUGGUAACGUUCCAGAAUAUUCAUAUGUUAACGAAUGAUCUCCGCGACUUCUUGCCACGAUAUGUUGAUACGGUACACCUGAAGAAUGUCCACUUGCGCUGCUACUUCUACACGGGAGUCUUCCAUCCACUCGACAAACCACCACAGGUUACACGCACCGUACUGGUGGAGAAAGCGGUGGUGGUGCGUGGGCCUUCCGGCGCGUGGCCCUGGGCCAAGGAACCAUUUUACACCACAUUCCCGGGAAUCCGACACCGUCAACUGGAGUUCUUCAGUCGCUUUCUGCCGAAUUCCUUGACCGCCGCGGAGGUUAGCUUUCUGGAAGACAAGUUGCAGUCACCGGAGCCCAUCGGCUGGACGCUGUCGCGUUUCCUGACCAAUAAUUCCUGCACGUGUUGGAAACUCGAUCGAAGGAGCGUGCGACUGCUCGGGAAUGAAGACAUCCAUCCAGGGACGUCCAUCAGCUCACUGGGAUUGACGGUGAAGCGCAUCGGGAGCUUCCCGCGCUGGCUGCAGUAUCUGAUGGUGGAGCUGCUGAAAGAUCCGUCUAUCGAAAUUGUUCCCACGCAGUGGGACGCUUCCUGAGCGGCCUCACGGUUCUGUGCAUACCAUCUGCCAGUCAUGUUCUGUCUGAAUGGUUUUCCUGAAUGCAUUGAUCAUGAUGCUGUUUUCCGUCUUGUCUUUUUCCUGACGCUGAAAAAUGUUGAUU